AUGAAUAAUACAGGCAAAGGCCGACUUCAGGUUCCAGGUUUUAACGAUGUUCCUCUAUAUUUUGAAUUCCCCAGAGAAGAUCGAUUUGCGCAUGGGUUCGCAGAUUGGUCGCAAAAUCCACGAUUGACGGCUCGCGAAGUCGCUAUGCUGCGUUUCAUGGAAGCUAUGACUGAGGAACCGGGAUGGGAAGUUAAAGUCGCCAAUCCCGCCGCAUUGGAUAGUUGGCGCGCCAAAGCAUUCUCCCAGUACGGCCUCAGCCGCCAGGCAUGGGCGUGGUGCCAGGCCGAGCUGCAGGAUAAGGCGUCGGAUUUCAAGCGUACCGGUUACGUGAUGGUCUUUGAUGCGGAUUCAAGAGUCUGCAAAUCGAAUACCCUAAUCGCCUCCGACUUACGCAAGGAUAUACAAGAAGCCUUUGGACCCUUGUUAUCCGCUACACCGACUCAGAGCAACCAGAAGCCUGUUCGACAGCUGGUGGAUCCUUCUAUGUACCCACUCGUGUACGGAUCGAGUCGGUUGUACACCAAUGGAGGGGCCGUUGGCCUGGAACCAUGGAAUUGGGAAGAAUACAGACAUUGUCAAAUCACUCCAAAACCCGUCAAGCCAAGCGGGGAGCUGUAUGAGAUUAACCAGGACGAGAUGGCCCGCAAGUGGGAUAAGCGAAGGCUUGCGAAGCCGAAUUGCUGGUCGACUGACUUUCAGUGGCUGCCAUGUGAGGUAUCAUUCGAAGGUGACAUGAUGACACCUUGCAUCACUUCGUACAUCAACAAUAUACAUCCCAAGAACAAAGGGGCAUACAAAGCGAUUGAGAGGUUGAUCGGCACCGCCAUUGCGCCGUGGAAUGAAAUGCUUAUCCUGGGAAGGCAAGGGCGAACGCCGAUACGGAUUCGCACAUACAACUACGUGGAAGAGAACAAAGAGAAGCCCAGCUGGUUCGGUCGUAUCCGGGAUCGGAAACCGGGCGACCAAAGUCAAAAUGCAGUCAGCGACGAGGAAUGGGACGAGAUUCGUUCCAAGGUCAAAGAAUACCUAUCUCUUCCUGACUAUCCCAGGGAAUGUCGAUUUUUUGAUGAGGCAGACUAUGACUUCUGGCCAAGCCAGGCAUUUCCUUUACCUACUCUGACUGGAAAGCCGGACGGAAUACUGGUCGAGCAAUCCUCCCAAAACCAUCAGUACUACUCUAUUUCACUGCAGGAGAGGUUUCGCACCAAGGGCCUCCAGAUUAUCGUGCAGGUGACUAGUAUUAACCUCACGCCUGAUCAUCCAACCUAUGCUGGCGACCAGGAAUUCCAUGUGGCCGGCAUGCUCAAUGAGCACAUAGUUGCAACUGCGGUCUAUUACUACGAUGUAAACAACAUCAGUGGUGCAAAUAUAUCCUUCGAACAGGAGGCAGUCAUUGAUAAUAAUUCUUUCAAUGUCGAGAACGAAGAUUUCAUUAACAAGGUUUGGGAUAUCCCGGACUGUGAUGUUCCCGAAGACGACGAACCCUGGCAGUUUCCACAGGCACUGCAGACUCUGGGUGCUAUCACAAUCUCAUCUGGACAAUUCCUGGCGUGGCCGAAUACCCUGCGGUCUAAGGCUGAAUCUUUCAGUUUAGAAGAUUCUUCUCGCCCGGGACAUCUACGCUUCGUUACUCUCUGCUUGGUUGACCCCCAUUACCAAAUCUGUUCGAUCAAGAAUGUUCCUCCACAGCGACGUGACUGGGCUGCAACUCCUUCUGGGGGCUCAACUGAGAAUGGCGAUGGAACAUUCAUGACCCCAGAACAGGCUCAGGAGAUGCGUGAGAGGACGACAUCCGAGAGAAGAUCUGCCACAGAGAAGCUCAAUAAUCAUGGUAUUGGUGUUUAUGAUUAUGUUGCAUAUUAUCAUGACCUUGUCUGGCCACUCUGA